AUGAACUCCAUAAGUAAGGGUAUGACCCCACUAAUGUACGCCUGUGCUGCUGGAGAUGAAGCCAUGGUCCAAAUGCUGAUAGAUGCUGGAGCAAAUUUAGACAUACCAGUUCCCAGCACCUCUCCACGAUACCCUUCAGUCCAUCCCGACAGCCGGCACUGGACUGCUCUGACCUUUGCGGUUUUACAUGGGCACAUCUCUGUGGUUCAGCUGCUCCUGGAUGCUGGUGCCCAUGUUGAGGGCUCUGCCGUUAACAGUGAAGACAACUAUGCCGAGACGCCUCUUCAGCUGGCUUCAGCAGCAGGGAACUACGAGUUGGUCAGCUUAUUGCUAAGCAGGGGUGCUGAUCCGCUCCUGAGUAUGCUGGAAGUCAAUGGUAUGUCUUCAUCGCUUCAUGAAGAGAUGAAUUGCUUCAGUCACUCAGCUGCACACGGGCACAGGAACGUUCUGCGCAAGCUGCUGACUCAGCCCCAGCAUCUGAAGGAGGAUGUCCUCUCGCUGGAGGAGAUUUUAGCCGAGGGGGUGGAGAGUGACACCUCCAGCCAGGGCAGCUCCAGCGAGGGGCAAGUCAGGCUUUGUAAAACUCGAAUGAAGGCUCUGCAGGAGGCCAUGUAUUACAGCGCGGAGCACGGCUAUGUAGACAUCACCAUGGAGCUGCGGGCGCUUGGAGUCCCAUGGAAGCUCCACGUGUGGAUCGAGUCACUACGGACAACCUACUACCAGUCCCGUUACUCAGUCGUACAGACCCUCUUACGGGAAUUUGUCACCAUUAAAGAAGAGGACUAUAAUGAAGAACUGGUUAACGAAGGGUUGCAGCUCAUGUUUGAUAUCCUCAAAACCAGCAAAAAUGCUUCUAUCAGUCAGCAGCUUGCAUCCAUCUUCACCCACUGCUACGGCAGCAGCCCGAUACCCAGCAUUCCUGAAAUCCAAAAGACGCUGCCAGCUCGGCUAGAUCCUCACUUUCUAAACAAUAAAGAAAUGUCUGAUGUAACUUUCUUAGUAGAAGGAAAGCUAUUCUAUGCACACAAAGUCCUGCUGGUUACUGCAUCUAACAGGUUUAAGACGCUAAUGACCAAUAAAACAGAACAUGACAGCCAUGGCAGCAAGACUGUUGAAAUCAGCGACAUGAAAUACAAUAUUUUUAAGAUGCUGAUGCAGUAUUUAUACUAUGGAGGAACAGAAUCUAUGGAAAUUCCCACCACUGAUAUCUUAGAGCUGUUGUCAGCUGCCAGCCUGUUUCAACUGGAUGGCCUCCAGAGACACUGUGAAAUCCUCUGUGCCCAGACGAUCAGCAUGGAGAACUCCGUUAACAUCUAUAAAUAUGCAAAGAUUCACAACGCACCUGAACUAGCCUCUUUUUGUGAGGGCUUCUUCCUCAAGCACAUGAGCUCUCUCCUAGAGCAGGACUCGUUCAAACAGCUCAUCUACAGCAGGAACAGCAAAGUGCAAGGCCUGGACCCGCUGCAGGACUUGCAGACCGCCCUGGCCGGCCGCCUGCACUCCGUGUACGUCACCUCCAGGGUGUGA